AUGGCUACUAAAUUAGAGAUGACUUACACUAAUGAAGAGGUUCCCCUGGAUCGUAUGUGUGGCACCCGUGACUACAUGUCACCGCAAAUGUUCAAAAAGAAAUACUUAGAACGUAUUGCUCUCUGCUGCAACUGGGAACGUCUUACCGCGGUGAGAAAAUCGCUCACAGUUACGCUUUGGACGUUCCAGAUCAACGGACUGCUCAUGUCUUUUGUCACCAUCGACUACUAUCCCCAUAAUGUCACUUCUUCCGUGUAUAUCUACCAUAUUCAAUUGUGA